AUGUGUCUUCCGCCGUCGUGUCAUUCGUCAAAAGCAAGAGGCAGGGAGUGUCCACUUCAUUCGCUUCUUGUACGUCAUCGACGUACUGCACCACGACGCAUUGCACCCUCGGUUUACCAACUCGCUGGUCGUAAACUUGACAAGAAUAUAUUUCCACCACUGGAGCUUACUGAUAUUCAGGAACAAAAUUACGAGCAGCUCGCUAAUGAGCUCAUCAAGUCUACACUUUCGGAAUAUGAUCAAUUUGUCUCGCAAGAUCAUAAGCGUGUUGACGUACGGCGUUGGAAGACCGUGCGCGCACGGGAUGGUAUUACUAUUUUUCGGGAACGUGUCGUAGACGCUCAACCCAAGGAAUUAGCCCAGGCCACCCUCGCCUUGUACCGUAGCACUUUACUUACGAACAGUAGCCGUCCCAGCCAGAAUACAAGUUGCUCAGUCCCUUUGACGUCCGAUACAAUUUUGGUGAGCAGCGCACGCAGUUUUAUUCCAUCAUCUCCAAAGAAAGGUAGCGAUUUGGACCCUAUUGAGGACAGUCGUCACACAGCUGGCUACGAUAGCAACAGUAGUGGUGAUUUCCUUUCAGAGCCCCGAAUUACAACUGCGGCCUAUUCUCGUGACGAUAAUAGCAAAAGCUCGGGACUGCCACGGCUACUCGCAGUUGGCACUUUGCGUGGAUCCCUGGAUGAUGUCAUGUACGGUGUCGUGUCGCCUGAUCCCCCGUCGGUUCGGCUGCGCAGCUCGUACCUUGGUGAACAUAUUGCCGACUGCGCUGUUUUACGUGAAAUUAAGGGUCCGUCACCUUCAGAACCAUUUCGAUUUAUGGGUAUUAAAUGGUUUGUGCGUGCUAAGCACCGUGGUACAUCACGCAUCCUUCUGCCCCGUGACUUUGUUGUCCUUGAAUUUUCGGGCGUGAUGAUGCGUCCGGAUAAUUCGCGCGUAGGGUUUCAUCUCAUGCACUCAGUAGAUAUCUCAUCGUGCCGUCAAUUGCAUGAGCAUCGCAUUUUGCGCGCGAAGUUAUCAAGCUGCUAUAUUUUCGAGGAAACUCGCAACAAUUGUGUACAAGUCUUCAUGACAGCUUCUGUAGAUCCAAGUGGCUAUGUCUUUACCCGCAUGGCUAUACGAUCAGCUGCUACAGCCCUUAGUAAAUGCUGGAAAUCAAUUUCUUGCGCUCACGACAAAAAACUUGCAUAUUGUUUACAGAACGAUCGUCCGUCGACAAUGGGCGUCAUCAGAUCCACUCGAGGUAGCCACCCCAGCGUUACCAGAUCAUCGCGUGGUGGAUUGUCAACGCUGACGCCUGUGAAUGAGUUAGGGGCACGCGACUCAAGCACUCCGGAGCCCGUGUCACAGCGCAGCGACUACGGUUCAGGGAAUCGCCGUCAGUGUGGGGUGUGUCGUGAUAAAUUGGGAUUGUUGUCCAAGAUUAUGACUUGUCAACUAUGCAGCGAGCAGAUCUGCAAUCGUUGUCGCAUUGUGCGUAAGCUCAGCUGUGACACUUUAAACGCGCAGGUCACGCAGUCGUCUAUCAACUUUUGCAAAAAGUGUGUUGCCAGUGUAAGUGACGAGAGCGCACUUGAGAUUGCUCGGCAAGAACUCUGGAUCCGUGCACGAAGUCGUACACGUGCAUCGUCAGCGAUCGUUCGAACAAAUUACAGAAUUAAUUCCUCAACGGAAAGGAACACAUACGCAACUGUAAUUCUUGGUCGUGUCAGCGAUUCAGCUCCUCGAGGCAUCGCUACCACGAACAGUCUUGUCGUUAGCUCUACUCCUAGCCGCGUAAGCCAGGUUCCUAGCAUUCAAUUGGGGGAGUCCUCCAUGGGAUACUCUGUAGGUCCUUCAUACCAAAUGAUAUCAACCCAAUUGUCGACUCCAUUGAAGUGCCUCAACACAGGGAGCUUAUUGUCAAAAUCAUCAUCACUUCAUGCUACCAGCGUUAACACAAGUUCUCUAAUGAGUGGUGCACGAAUAAAUGAGACGUUAACACUGACUGACUUGCACAUGGACAAAAGCAGAAUAAAGAACGAGACUAAAGUUGCUGCUGAGGAGGAUAAAUCUGAAUCAGAGGAACCAGUCGUGCUCGAUCGUCGUUUAACUACAACGAUUCGUAAUUUGCGCCAUCUAGACUACGUCUUGUCAGUGGACGAGCAGGACGUUGGGGAUGAUCUUGACUUGGAAUCGGAAGGUUAUAGUGAGUUUGAGAGCGAUGAUGACAGCGAAUUUCGAUCGAGUUACGCGUCGUCGGUGGCGGUACUGGACGAUGAUAUCGGAAUGUGUACCACUCCUACCAGCAAUGCUCCCGGGUCUCAGCGCGAAGAACCUAUUGUCGAAGAAGACGAGGAAGGUGAAGAAGAGGCCGAACCUGAGCCGAAUAAUGAAGCAAAAGAAUUUGAGAAAAAUGAUCAAGAUGCUGAAUUUGAGCAGAAUGAAGCGGAAAAGGCGUUGAUAUUUGAGGACGAGAACGAUACGAAAGGAAGUGUUGAAAACUUAGAAGCAGAUCAUAAAAGCCAUAUACUUGAUUUAGAAGUGGACAGUAACGUAAAGGCAACCGACGAACAGGACGAGGAAAAGCCUGUGAUUAUUGCAGAAGUGAAUGGAGACAACAGCCAACAUCAAGAAGAUGUGACUGAUGACGUUGAAGUAGUCGAAGCUGCUCCUGUUGCUGAGGUUCAUGCCAUCAUGCUGUCUCAAUACGAGAUAGGAAAGACAAAGUCUAAACUUGAGAGCGAAGACCUUGAGCCGCGACUGCAUCGCGCGCGCAUGUCAGUUCCGUCUGCUGGUAGUGAAGCAAAUUACCAGCAUCAGCUUUUUCAGCAGAUGCAGGACCUGCACAAUGUGGUGGAGUCAACGUAUCAGGUCGCUCGAGCAAAUACGGAGGCGGCCUUUAAAGAACGCGAUAGUGGCCGUCUGUCUAGGACGUCCACUGAUAGCAAGAACGACAAAAGUUCGCGAAACUUCUAUCAGCCGUUCGCCUUCAAUGUGGUGGGUCUGCGCUCGACGCGUGCUAUGACUGUCGGCAUAAAAAAGUAG